GUCAAUGUCAAACUCGAAUAUUAUUUUGUUGUUGUGUGUCCUCAGCGAUAUUUUUAAUUUCAAAAUAUAAUUUGUGGAAUCACAAUGAUUGUGAAUUUGUGAUUUUAAAAAAUUGUAUCGGCAUUACAGACUGAAUUUUGUAAAUAGUCAUUAUGUGGGUUAAACCUCAAGAAAUUUUCUUAAAAACUGCGCUUUGGGAUUCCGACGAAACAACUUUGUACUUUGUCCUGCAGAGAAGGAAAGGGCAUGGGAAAUCGAAAGGAUUCUCUUCGCUUCUUGUGGGUACUUUAGACAGCGUACGAGAUACAAAACCAGCGCCCUAUAGAAUUUUACACCAGACACCAAACUCAGAGGUGUAUUAUGUAAUAGCUACAGCAUUGACUGAACAAGAAAUAAGACAAGAUUGGCAAUGGUUGUUUGACAAUGUAUGCCCAACUCUCCAUUCCUUUGAUACAGAAGAAGAAGUGACUGAGUUUGUUUGCUGCAAAAUAAAUUCUAUUCUUGCAACGGAACAGGAGAUUUUCACUGAAGAUGAAGACUCAGUUACAUAUAAAAAUGUGGACUAUGAGUUCCACGAAAGGUUCCGCAUGCCCAAAGAUGAGAAACUUGUCUGCUAUUAUUCUUGUAGUUACUGGAAGGGAAAGAUGCCCCGUCAAGGUUGGAUGUACCUCUCAGUGCAUUACAUGUGUUUCUACUCCUACAUAUUUGGACGGAAAACCUCCAUAAAGAUCCGUUGGGCAGACGUCACAGAGUUAGCCAAGACCAACAGCCUCUUAUUUCCCGACUCCAUAAAAGUGGUGACCAGAGACGGAGAACAUUACUUUACACUAUUUCUGAGGAAGAAUGAAACUUUUGCCUUGAUGCAGCAGUUGGCCAAUAUUGCUAUGAAACAACUAAUCGAUGACAAGUCAGGAUCCUUCAACAUUGACAAGGAUCUUCUGACGAAACUCAGCAAGAACGUACCGAAGAAGCCAUCGUUCUUAAAAAGAGAUUUGGAUGCAAGAAAGCAAUCUAACCUCUUCACUUUAAGGUUCAGAUUGCCACAAAAUGAGAAAUUGGACGGCACGGAAGAAUGUACUUUGUGGACUCCUUAUAAUAAGAGACAUAAUUGGGGAAGGCUGUACCUAUCGCAGAACUUCAUUUGUUUUGAAAGUCGGGUUCGCAAUCUAGUCCGUCUCAUAAUACCCCUCCGCAAUGUCCAUCAAGUGGAACGGGCAGACUCUGGUGGAACUGGCAGCUCCUCGGGGGACUCCGGGAGCAUCCUCAUCACGACGGCACACCACACCAGCUUCUUAUUCGGAAAUAUAUCAGACAGAGACUUCUUAGUCCAUAAGAUAUCCGAACUCCUUGCAAAGCUGCCCAAGGAAAAGGCGACCAAGGUGUUGGCGCAGUCCGAAGUCGAAGGUUGGACUCCGCAGCCACCCUUGAUGACACUCUUCAGGACUCACCAAACGUCACCUAUAAAGCAAAUUCAGCAAAAAAAGGAAAAACAAUGGGAAGAUCACAUGGCAGAAGUAGGCCGCGGCGUCAGUAUGUACCAAACAACGGAGGGAAGUGAACUAGUUGUGAAUGGAAUUCCAGAGCUCUUACGAGGAGAACUAUGGAGUGUCUUCUCAGGUUCCAUACUCCAGAAAGCUCAGAACAAAGGAUUAUAUGAACGACUGGUAAACAAAGCUCUUUCUACGAAGAACCAGGCCAAUGAUGAGAUAGAAAGGGAUUUGCAUCGGUCUUUACCUGAACAUAGAGCCUUCCAAAACGAUGUUGGAAUCUCAGCACUUCGCCGUGUCCUAUGCGCAUACGCGUUAAAGAACCCACAAAUAGGGUACUGUCAAGCGAUGAACAUUGUUGCUUCCGUGUUACUAAUAUACUGCCCCGAAGAACAGGCAUUUUGGCUUUUAGCGACCAUCUGUGAGACUUUAUUACCUGAUUAUUACAACACUAGGGUGGUUGGCGCAUUGGUGGAUCAAGGUGUAUUAGAAGAAUUGACAGAAGUUCAUCUACCAGAGUUGCAUGCCAAACUCGAUGAGUUAGGCAUGAUGAAGAUGAUCUCCUUAUCUUGGUUCCUGACUCUCUUUAUCAGUGUGAUGCCCUACGAGUGCGCUGUCAACGUCAUGGACUGCUUCUUCUACGAUGGCGCUAAAGUUAUUUUCCAGGUAACCCUCACCAUACUCGACAUUAACCGAGAAAAGCUCCUGAAGUGUACUGAAGACGGCCAAGCCAUGCAAGUACUCAACGAUUACCUUCAAGGCAUCUACAAUGAGGAAGCAAUGGCGCUUUCAACGGAGCCAAGAACUGCUGAAAAGACUAUAAAAAUCCAAGAGCUAAUAUACCAGUCGUACCGUUCGUACGGUAGUAGUGUCUCGAACGAGAAUAUCGAGCAUUUGCGACUGAAGCAUCGGCUGAGGGUCGUCAGACAACUUGAGGACAGCCUCGAGAAGAACACGCUUCGAGCUCUGCAGCAGGACAAGUUGCUCGAGUUGAAUGAGUUACAGGAAUUACUGAGCGCCAUCCGCGAAGAGUUGCUCUGGGCUAAGCGCGUACCUUGCGAGCGGUUGGAAGCUCCCUACGAGUCCUACCGGCUAGAUUACACCCAGUUCAAGACUCUAUUCUGUGCUUUAUCACCUUGGGCUAAAGGUGAUUUUGCUGAGGCCAUUACUGCGAGAAUGUUCAAGUUGAUGGACUACGACGACGACGGCGUGGUGUCGGCGCGCGGGCUGAGCGUGGCGCUGGGGCUGUCGGUGCGCGGCGACGCGGCGCGACGACUGCGCGCGCUCUACGCUGCGCACGCGCCGCCGCUACUGCCGCGCCGCGACCUCAUGCCCACGCAUUUCACCGACACCGGGGAGGAACUCGCUGCCGAUGCCAUAUCCUUCUUUGACAGUACUGAUGACGAGGUGAUACCUGAACCAGGCCCUCUGCAGCGCUCCAUAAGCGAAGUAUGUGGCGAUGGCACUCCAAUGGACAAGAGUGACUCGGAAACCAGCCAAAUCGGUCCAACAUACUUCACUGUUGAGAGCGUACGUGCUUGUGGACUGGCCGGACUGGCCAGCGGGGCCAGUACUCCGGGCGCAGGCGGGGCGGGGUCCGCAGGCGGGGGCGCGGCGCCCCCACUGCCCCGCGACCACUUCCUGCAGCUACUCGCCGUGUUACAUGACCUCACGCAGUCGCGACCACAAGUCUAUGAGGCUGUUGUACUGGCUGGUACUCUUCUUCUACAACUGGGUGAGCUGAAUCACCGUCCACAAUUGGACCGAGAGAUCUCGCAAGACAGCCUGUUCCUAGCCGCCGCUGCUAAGCAACCUGAAGUGGAGCUGGAUCCCAACGGUAACGCAACGGAACCAGAGCCAGAAGUUCGAAAACCAUCCCCAUCUCCUUCCAAAGAAACCGAAGCAGAAGGAGUUUGGUCUAUCACACUGGAACAGUUCCUAGCUACAAUGCUAUCUCAACCAGCUCUUGAGGAGUUCUUCAAUGAAAAGGUGUCUAUUCUACCUGAGUUAGAACUCCUAAGGCAAAGGGAUAGAUUGCAAUCGGUUUCAUAGCUGAUGGAAAUAGCCGGGUUGCUUGGGAUAUGUAUCUAAGCACCCUGCUUUAUAAGGUAUGUUUUUGUACGAUCAUGGUGUCUCUAUUUAUCUAUCAGAAUCGUAUCUGUUAUACAAUGUCUGCCAGUUUUCAUUUCAGAAGUGUACUAAUUACAAAGCACCGUUUUAACUGUUGUUUUUCUAGUUGUAGAUAGUACAAAUAGGACA